UGCGAAAGAGCGCUAGACGUCCUCCAGAGCGUGGUCUCCUGUCCCAAGUGUCCAAUCCAAUCCCAGGAGGCACAGAAUCACCAUGUCCAGGGUUAAUAAGAUCGUGGCAUGUGUGAGUGCUUGUGCUUGUGCUUGCGCUUGACUCGGAAGAGUGGGGCUUUGGACUCUGCUGUCAGAGCAGGUGCAGAGUGUGGGCUUUGGGAGCUGGGCGAAGUGGUGCUCCUUUGACAGUGCGCUGAUUUCAGGGACGUGGAGUGGUGGUCGGUUGAGGGCGAGUCUGCAGCUGCAAACAGCGCAUGGAUCCUGCAGGAAUUGGAAAUUUGGAAUGAGGAAACAGAUGGAUUCCUUUAGCUGCUGCUGCUGCUGCUCCUAAUGGUGCGAUGGUGGUUUUGUAGCAAUUUUAGCAGUGGAGUUUUGCAGUAGUUGUUGGCGUUGCCGGUGCGAGUGCUCGUUCAUGCGUAUGCGAUCGAGGAAGGCGAGUGAGGCAUCAGGCGCUGGAGCUGGAGAUGCAGAGUCCUAGGGCUGCAUCGGUUCUCGCGUGGCGCAUGUAGGAAAGGUGGUUAAGUGGUUUUUGUCGGAGAAGUGAAGAAAAAUGUUGGGAUCCAAGGGAACCAUCACUGAGCGGCGGUUGAGGCCUCUGUGGUAUGCGAUAGAUACUCGCAAUUACAAGUCGGCGCUCAAGCUGGCCACAGCUCUUCUUGCCAAGCAUCCUGAUUCUACUUACGCUGUGGCACUUAAAGCCUUGGUGCUAGAGAGGAUUGGGAAGCCCGAUGAAGCACUGGUCCUUUGCAAGCAAGCCAAGGAUACUCGACCAGUCGAUGAUCUGACGCUGAGUACCCUCCAAAUGGUGUAUUCAAGAAUGAAACUACCUGACCAAGCGACAUUGUGCUAUGAACAUGCCUGCGCGGUAAUGCCCAAUAAUGUGGAAAUGUUGAUGGCAUUGUUCAAGUGCUAUGUGCGGGAAUAUGUAUUUGUCAAACAGCAACAGACAGCUAUGAAGCUAUACAAACUUGUUCAAGAAGAGAGGUUUUUGCUAUGGGCCGUCUGCAGCAUCUUGAUGCAGGUUGGCUCCGAGGGCAGUGGCAGCAAAUUGGUUGCGCUCGCUGAGGCUCUUCUGAAGAAAAGGGUUGAUUCACACGGUUUACACGAUUUGGAAGCUUUGAUGCUAUAUAUCAGCGUCCUGAAGCAGCAGGGAAAGUACGAAUCUGCUUUGGAAGUGAUGACGGGGCAGCUGGGUGAGCUCUUUAGUAUCCAAAACGACAAACUUAGGUUGCAGGGAGAACUGCUUAUGCGCUUACAUAAGUAUGAACAGGCGGCUGACGUGUUCCAAGAAGUACUGAAGACCAGCUCAGAUGACUGGGCGGUCUUUGUCUCAUAUUUGGAUGCUUCUCUGGGAGGACCUGAAGUUGAUGCAGCAGGUGAACUUGCAGUUCGUCUUGAGGAACACGAGGUGACCGAGAAGCUCGAAAAAGUCUUGAAACUGGUUCUGGAAAUGCAAGAAAUGCCCGUGGGAGAGCUGAGAAGAGGACCCUUUUUGGCUGUUGUAGAGAUCGAAAAGCGACGCCUUUUGCUUCGAAGAAAGUUUGGAGGAGAGGAUCAAAUAAAGGAACAGUCUGUCAUCCUUUCUGACUCUAUAAGGGCGUUCUUUAAGAGGUUCGGUGCGCUCUUGAGUUUCUCAUCAGACAUUGCAGAUUACCUUCAUUAUGUGGACGAGAGCCAUAGAGAUCAACUUGCAAAGGAUCUGCAUGAACUUAGCUCUCAAAUACAAAACGAAAGUCCGGUCAAGCGUCUGAGGCGUAAGAUCUCCGCAUUUCAGGUCGAAGAAAAGCUGAUGGGAAAGGGAACAUGCACAAACGAAGAUUUGGGCUCGCGGGCAGUGGAUAUCGCGAACCUAUAUAUAGAAAGCCUAGAGCUUUCGGCUGAUCUAGAUGCUCAGGAAAGCAUGCAUGGCGAGGAACUUUUGGUCUUGGCAACUAAUAUUCUAGUCGAGCUAUUUCGGCGUACCCAAAACAUGGGCUUCUUGCUUGAGGCCAUUUUGGUGCUUGAAUUCGGCCUGUAUGCAAGAAGGUUUAGUUCACAGUACAAGCUCUUGCUAAUAGACCUCUACACAAUGGUAUCUGCCAUAAUUCCAGCGCUAGAGUGGUAUAGAACACUGGACGUGAAAUAUAUUUUAGUGGAGACCAUAUCGCAUAUGAUGUUACCCGGUUUGCUGAGUUCCACUCGAUGGUCUGAUCUCCAGAGCCUUUUGAAAGAUGGAAAGGAGUUCUAUGACAAUCACCAGUCGGAAUCUGCAGAUUUUACUAUUCUCGCGUACAACCACUCCACGUAUUCCAAAGUCCUUGAGUUUGUGGAAUUUAAGGAGAGGCUUGAGAGAUCACACCAACGGCUCGUUUUCCGUUCGGAGGCAUCCAUAUUCCCGCUGAAGUUACGUGCUGAGUCGUUGGAGGACGUUGAGUUAUCACUAGCAGAACUAGAUUUCGGCAGGAAACCUCUUGACUGGUGUGGAGAUGAGAAGCUGCUUUUACUCACUUUCAAUGAGGAUCUUCAAACUCGACCUUGGUGGUCUCCAGCGCCUGACGAGUGCUUGCUAGCUGGGCCAUUGAGGAAUGCUGGAGCGGAGAGGAGUUGGCAUCAUGUGGAGACCGAAGAAGAGAAAAAGAGGAGAGAAAGUCGAUGGCGGAAUGCAGUGAAGAGGAGGUGCUUAAUUCCUCGGAUUUUUUGUCUGGUUUUAAGUACCACGAAGGACAGAAACAGUGCUAAGCAGGGGGCGAGUGAUACAGCGGUUGAAUUGGAGAAACUUAUCGAUAGUUACUUGAUGACUAUGGGACUUCGUGCCGACUCGUUGGAGGGUUGGUUACAAGAGGCUAUAUCCUCAGAGCAAGCAUUUGAGACUUCUGGCGUCAAGCCCGUGGAAAUGGUGACAUCAACGUUGUUCUGGACUGCACACCAACUAUCUUGUCGUGAUUCCAAGAGUUGUUCAAGUGUAGCAUCGCUUCUAAAAACUAUAGUCUACGUUGUGGACGAGGUCCUCAAAUGUCUGCAGAGGGAACUCAACGAUACAGAACAUGGUUUAAAAGUUCUAGCUCCAGGAACAGGCUUGUCUGUCCUGGUCGGCCUCAUUUCGGAGUCCUUCACAUGGCUAACUUUGUACUUACAGAGUUGGUCUAAGCAGCUGCAACCCUCCGGCGGUAAGAAGAAAAAAAAAGGUUCAGGGUCAAGUGAGCAGGCAAGUGCACCUAUUGAUAGCCAUUUGUCUGCGUCCCUGGAGUCCCUCAGAUCUGCAGCUGUUUCUCAUCUAGAAAGGGUGCAAGGCGUGGUGAUCGACACCUUUCUCAACAGGCCCGAUCAGAUAGAAGUGGAUGGUUAUAUGACCUUGUUGAAGUCUCCUUUUCCAGGCGCUCCUGGUGAUGUUAUCAAGGUGCUAGAAUCUCCUCAAGGCCUAGACAUUGCUACAAAAUUGGCAGCGAGAACAGCCCAGACGGAGCAACCUUGGCAGGCAGCGGAGCUAAUCAGGAAACUGGUGGCCAGCCAACGCGACACUUCAGCAAGUGUCCGAGACCUUUGUACUUCGAGAUUGACUAUUUUGAAGUCUCUCAGUUUUUCAUCCUUACCCAAUGCUGUAGAAUCUUCGAUAUAGUCAGCCACACAUCCUUUUGAGUUGUUAAGGUCCAUUAAGUGACGGCGGCCUCAUUGAAUCUAAUAUGAAAGCCCAUCAUGGCUGAGUUUAGUCAUCGACAGAG